AUGUUACAUGUGGCCCGUGUCUCAUCUUUCCCUGCAGGACCCACUGACUCUGAAGACACAUAUCAGUCACUUGUAACUGACAGAAUGUCCUCCCAGGAUUUGAUAGUAGGGAUUAUUUUCUUACUACAGACUACCAUUGGUCUCAUGGGGAAUUUCUCCCUUCUUGUCCAUUUCAUCCACUUCUACUUCAGUAAAUGCAGGUUAAAGUCCAUAGACUUGAUUCUCAUGCAUUUGACUAUAGCCAACUUCUUGGCCAUUCUCUGCAAAGGAGUCCCUAAGACAAUGGCGGCUUUGGGGUGGAAAGAUUUCCUCAGUGAUUUGGGAUGCAGACUCCUUUUGUAUGUUCACAGAGUGGGCAGGGGGGUGUCCUUCAGCAGCGUCUCCCUCUUGAGUGUCUUCCAGGCCAUCACCAUCAGCACCAGGAGCUCCGUGUGGGCGGAGCUGAAGGUGAAAGUUCUCAGGUGCCUGGGCUUCUCCAUUUUCCUGUGCUGGAUCCUGCACAUGCUGGUCAAUAUCAUAUUUCCUAUGUACGUGACUGGCCCUUGGAAAAAUAAAAGCAUCUCAAGCUAUAAAGACUAUGGAUACUGCUCCUCUGUUCGUAAUGACAAAACUGCAGACUCACUGCUCGCAGCACUGUUGAUGUUUUCUGAUGUUGUGCCUUUGGGGCUCAUGACCUGGGCCAGCGGCUCCAUGGUUUUCAUCCUGUACAGACACAAGCAGCGGGUCCAACACCUUCACAGGAACAAUGUCUCCCCCAGAUCCUCCCCUGAGACCAGAGCCACCCAAACCAUCCUUGUCCUGGUGAGCACCUUUGUAACUCUCUACACCCUCUCCUCCACCUUUCAGCUUUUGAUAUCUGCUCUUCAUGACCCCAGCUGGUGGGUGCUGCACACGGACGCACUAAUAGGUGCGUGCUUCGCAACAGUCAGCCCCUUCAUUCUCAUGAGUAGAGACUCCAGUGUCUCCAGGUUCUGCUUUGCCUGGAUAAGGAAGACAAAAUCUUCUAGUCUUAUCAGAAAUACCUAA